GAAACAAUCCAUCUAAUGCCACCAAUAGUUCUUUUCAUCAAUAUAGUCAUACAAAUCCCGCACCUGAUUCCCUGAUUUACAUUCCCUCGUCCCAUAAUACACCAAACGUUGUUAGCACCUCGUAUUCGUCCAAUCCUUCAUACACUCAACCUCCGUCAUUUCCACAACAAAGUGUUGGAUCCGCUACUAAUACAAACAACAAUUUCAUCCCACAACGAUUUACUCAGCCUUCGUCGUCCAGUUACAAAGUACCAAGCGGCAUUAUACCUCACGCAAUCCCUACCACAAAUGUAUUUAAAGAUUCAGCUACAACAUCAGCAUCUUUUGACUCUUCUUCGUCCAGUUUUGGUCACCAUUCUUCAUUUACAUUCCCCCACUACCAACCACCUAGCGUCGGCGGAGCUAUCCCACCACAACCUCCCAUGCAACCUAAUUCCUUGCAACACAAUAGCCGGAUGCCUAUUCACAUGACUUCAUCCAGUGCUACCGGGCCAGCACCGAGCUCAUUCCAGUCUCAGCCCGUGCAACAACCAUUUACAAACGCCUUCCCACAAUCGAUAGUUACCGAUAGACUGGUUCCAGGAAGUGGAACUUCGACAAUGACAUCAACACCUGUGAAUUCUAUAGCUAUACCUCAAAGGAAUAACCAGCUACAGGUAGAGGAAUCUGGUGAACCCAUGGUUCGCUCGGCAUCCUCGUUGAGUUCUCAGUUAGCACCACCACAACAUAAGCAAAUACCUUAUGAACCUCCUGAACCAGAUCAUUAUAUGACAUAUAGUGAAUUCUUGGAAAAUAUAACCAACAAGGAUGUUGAUUUAGAAACUCCUGGUGGCAAUGUGUAUGAAGAACAUUUAAAUAUCGUCGAUUAUCCCGUUAAUGAUUUAAUAGUUAUGUUAGCUUGUUUAUUAUCCAAGAUAAUUGAAGCUAAUGACAAGUUACAUCCUAAUCAUUUCGAAAACACCAUAGCCAUAAGGCAGCGAUUGAAAGAGGAAAAGCGAGUCAAGAAAUUACAAAGGGAGAAAAGGCAACUUGAUAACGAUGGAGAUGUUGACAUUGAUAGAAAUCAUGAUGAUGAUGCAUCUAUGAAAGCUGGUGAUAACCAUGAUUCGAUGGACUUUGAAAACGAUGAUAAUGGCGACGAUGAAGACGAUGAUGAAGAUGAAAUGAAAAACAAAUAUCUUGCAAAUGUCUUGGCCUUCCAUGGAACUAACGUUCCUGGGAUUUCCUUACAUGCAUAUUUAGCUCGUGUUUUGAAAUAUUGUCCUGUAACUAACGAAGUAUUUUUAUCAUUGCUCGUUUAUUUUGAUAGAAUAGCCAAAAAGGCCAAUAAUUUAAAUCAACGGAAAAAGAGUUUGAAUGGACACGAAGAUGAACUGCAAUCAUCUUCCGAGUCAGAACAAUUAUUUGUCAUGGAUUCAUAUAAUAUUCAUCGUUUAAUCAUUAGUGGAAUCACUGUAUCUUCUAAAUUCUUUCUGGAUAUUUUUUACAAAAAUCUAAGGUAUGCUAAAGUUGGAGGGUUACCAUUAGAGGAGUUGAAUUAUUUGGAAUUGCAAUUCUUGUUGUUGUUGGAUUUCAAAUUGAUGAUUUCGGUAGAAGAUUUACAAAACUAUGGUGAUUUGUUAUUAAGAUUCUGGAAACGAGAACAAAUCACCAACGAAUUAGUUCAUAAUCCUGAAGGUAAAACGUGAGGGGGCUACUUAAAGAAGUUAAUAAAAAAAAUGCAUUAUAUUCACUAAUUGUCACACGCGUAUAUAUUUAUAAUUCUCUCAGUUUUUAUUUAUAACAUACAUCUUUAUUUC